AUUCACUAAUAGACAAUCUAAACAAAAGUGACAGAAAUUUAGAAAAAAUGGACGCUAAAAUAGAACUGCAACAGGAUGUGAUGAGUCGCUUGAAAGAUGCGAAUACGAAUUUGAAACGCAAGUUGGUGGAGUGCUGUUGUCAGCAGAAUAUCGAGUUGAACAGUGUUGUCGAGGUACAGAGUGAGUCGAAAGCGGGUUUGACUGUUGCCGAUGUCGCUUUGAACUCGGAUCUGGCUUUUGAGAAGAUCGCUAGCGCCUGUUUCAUCCGUCAGGAGAGGCAAUUUGCAGCGUUAACAAAUUUUGGAAGCGAGACAGUUGAUAGUCGGGCGAGCUUGAGUUCGGAUACUGACUUCCGGAGUUCUCAACCGGGGUUUUCUUUGAAAGUGGAGGGAUCUCAACCGUUCAACAGUCUGCGACGGAGGAUUAAAACCUGCGUGAAUUGGGUGACCAAAGAUGCGCGGUUUCGGUACUCGUGGAAUAGUUUGAGAGAUGAGGGGAUUGUCAGAGGAAAAGGAAUAAAACAUAUGAAUUCUGAGAGUGAUUUGUUGGCCUUUGUCAAUAAAGGUUUCCAAAACCAGGACCUCCUAGAUAACAACAACGCAGGCAACCAGAGGCUGGACGAUGUCAACAAUCUGUUGCUAGGGGGACAAGGAGGAGGGGUAGGACUGAUGGACAGUCUAGACGACCAUGCGGGGUCAUCCAAUGGCGGGGGUAGUCGCAGCAUCUACGUGCCCGGUCAGCGUCUGAUGCACUUCGAUUUGAAAGGCGCGCCGCCGAGAGUAUCCUAUCUGAAAAGGAUGAUGCCAUUGGCCAAGGAGUUGGGCGCCACUGGAGUGCUCAUCGAAUGGGAGGACAUGUUCCCCUGGGCGGGGCGGUUGGCCCCCCUGGCUGCCGGCAAUGCCUACUCUAGACAAGACGUGCAGGAGAUAAUAGAUGCGGCCGUCAGCAACGGUCUGGAGGUGAUCCCUCUGGUGCAGACGUUCGGCCAUGUUGAGUUCGCCCUCAAACACAGCGAGUUCAGCGAACUGAGGGAGGUGCCCGAGUCACCCCAAGCGCUCUGUCCUUCUCUAAACACCUCGCAUGAUUUUGUGCAUCAGAUGAUCGAACAGGUGAUGGACAUGCACAAGAACAUCAGGUACCUGCACAUAGGCUGCGACGAGGUGUUUCAGAUGGGCGAGUGUGUGAGGUGUCGCAGCCAGCCACGUGACACUCUCUUCCUGCAACACGUGACUCGUGUGGCGCAGUUUGUGCGCACGCGUCACCCGGGUGUCACGCCCAUCAUUUGGGACGAUAUGCUGAGACAUCUGCCGCCCAUCUCGCUCGAACAGUAUCGCAUCGGCGAGCUUGUCGAACCUAUGGUAUGGGUGUACGCAGAGGACGUGUACCGAUUUGUGCCGUCUUCAGUGUGGGACAAAUACGCGGCGGUGUUUGCGCGUGUCUGGGCGGCGUCGGCGUUCAAGGGUGCAUUCGGCGAGACGCUUCAGGUGCCCAACGCCAAGCGCCACUUGGACAACAACAUGCGAUGGCUGCAAGUCAUGCAAACUGAGGCGCCCAAGUUCAGCGGCGGAUUUCAGGGCAUUGCUAUCACCGGAUGGCAGAGGUACGACCACUUUGCCGUGUUGUGUGAACUCCUUCCGUCGGCCAUUCCUUCACUGGCCGUCACUCUACUGGCCACCAGUCAUGGUUACUUCAACCAGUCGCUCAGGCCCAAACUGAAUUCAGCGCUCAGCUGCGGCGUCUUUGUUGGCAACAGCCUCGACAACAGAGGUUCGUCGUCGUCAGGGUCGUUUUUGAGCCUGAACAACGACCCGUUCCUGUUCGAGCAGUUUUCGCGGUGCGUGUUCCCGGGCCACGCCUUCUUCCGCCUGCUCUACCGCCUGAGCACCGUCGAGCGGGAGGUGGCGGAAGCGGUCGCCUCCAUUCGCAAGGACAAGGGAUGGAUGACCGACUACAAUGUGCGCCAUAACUUCAGCAGUCCGUUAAGGGUUGACGAGCUCACCGUGGAUCACCAACGCCUCUACCACAGCGUGACCAGUUUGGUGCGCGGCGCGAAAGACGCGCUAUGGGAGAUAUUCGACGCGUACACAGUGGCCGAAUGGAUCGAACAGCGCAUCUAUCCCAUGGUGCAACAGCUGGAGUCGAUAUCACGUGACUCCAUCUCGCUGAAGACGCCGCGCGUCUGGCCGCGACGCCCCUUUCCCAUUCUCAACGAUCUGCAUCGACUGGGACUCCAGUUCUCCACCGACUCGUCACCCGGAUGAUCAGCUGUCUAGAUUGAUCAUAAGUUAGUGACUGAUUGAUCAUUAGUUAGUAACUAAUCGAUCAUAAUUUGGUAACUAAUCGAUUUUUAGUUAGUAACUAAUCGAUCAUAAGUUACUAACUAAUCGAUCAUAAGUUAGUAACUAAUCGAUCGUUUGUUAGUAACUAACUGGUAGUUGGUAAGUUGGACUAGCUGUGUAGUGGUCUAGAAGAGUGAAAAGUUUUCAGUCAGCAAAAGUUGUGAAUUACGUGUUAUGUAAAGAAAGAUGUAUGGUAUUCUGUGGAACAUAAGUUAGUAACUAACUGUAGAUCGAUCAUAAGUGAGUAACUAACUGAUAGUUGGUAAACUGGACUAGCGGUGUAGUGAUCUAGGAGCGUGAAAAGGUUUGUGUUGACAGAGAUGUGAAUUUUUCAUGACAUUGUACAGGUUACUUAGCGUGGUGUGGAGUUUUGUGGAAGAUGAGUUAGUAACUUAGGCUAGCCACUAACGGUAGGACAUGCAUGAUGAACAUAUGUGUACAUGCACGUUUAUCAUGCACACACACACAUGUUCAUCUUUCAUGUUUUGUCGUCAGCGAGAGGCUUCUAACAUAAAAUAAACAAUAAAUAAACCACUAGAAAAUUACAAAUUAUAUUGAUACAAGAAUAAAUUUAACCUAAAAUAGAGCGGCGAAGAAAAGUUUAAAAAAAAUCAAAAACCUAACGACAAAAAAUAUGCUUGAAGCCUUUUGCUGUGAUGACACACCAAUGUAUAGCAACAUGUGCUCACAUAUGUUCAUCAUGCAUGUCCUGUCAUUAGUGGCAAGCCUUAUUGUUAUACUCCGUACAAAAUAACUUUUGACUUGGAGGAAUAUGCAGCGCAGAGAGUCAUAGGUAAAAGCGCAGUUGCCUAUUUGUCGAUUAGAGUCAGUCGACUGAAGGCUUUCAGAGAGGAAACUCCGUAAGUUUAACCAUUUGGUAAUCGCGCCCUACUCAAUCACACGAGCAGUCGCGUGUUGCAAUUUUUGCAACAUCGAAUUUUCCAAGUGUUAUGUACUCUGUUUACUGGCAAAACAUAUUAAUUGAUUGUAUAAUUACUAUUCCCAUCUCAUUGGAUUAUUUUACGCCUAUGAACAUUUGGAUGAUUACCAUUUCGUAGCCCAAAAAGGUACACCAAGCAAAGCCAUCAUUUCUGUGUUAUUAGUUUGUUUAUAAUCCCCGUAUACAGUCUUUCCCUAUCAUACUUAUGCACUGUUGCAACUAAAUGGCACCUAAAGACUUAACCAUUGCUCGGUUGAUACUGCAACUCAGUGGAGUGAUGGCGGGAAAGUUUUGGAAUGUAUAGGUGACUCAUUCACUGACACCACCGCAUUCAAUAGUUUUGUGCAGCAAAAAAACUGACACUGUUGUACUUUUUACAACAGCGCGACUGCCGGAAGGUUAACAUGAGCGCUUGAAUACUCACUAGAAAUUAAAGAAUGCUGGCCGGAUCAGAACGGCAACAUCACCGCCGUUGCUUCUCUGCUGCGCAUGUCACUCCCAAGUCACAAGUAAUUUUGUACGGAGUAUAGUUGGUAAGUUGGACUAGCGUUGUAGUGUAGGCUACUAAAAGUUUCAAGUCAGCAGAAAUGGUUCAUUAUGUGAAUUUCUCAUGUACAGGUUACAAGUAGUAUGGACUUUUGUGGAAGAUUAGUUUCUGAUCAAUUGAUAACUGUUAGUUGAUAAAAGAGACAACUGUUAGUUGGUAUAUGUUGAAGGGUGGACUAUAAAUGUUGUGUUCUAUUAUAGUGAGACUCAAGUUAUAAAGUCAGAACCUGAUUGGCAUUGGUUUGCUAUCCUUUUAUGUCAUUAUGCAAUAAUACUCAUAGCCUAUGUGGAAAUAUUAUGAAUUACAAAUUUCAUCUAAAUUUAUUAUCAAAUCAUUAAAAAAUAUAUUUUAUUUACGAAUAAAAUAUACUGUUGAUAGAACUGAUCAUUAUUAACAAGGAUCAUGAUAUCAUAUUUACUGGAAUCACAUAGCUAUCUAGCCUGCUGAAGAAGGUUAUGGAAAAGGAAAAUUGGCAACAAUGCUUUCCUAUCAUUUUCACUGACUAUAUAACGUGAAUCUCACUAUUAGGGAGAUUGAGUAGUAAGUUUCAAGCUGUGAAUAUUUCACGUAACUGAGAUUGAAAUUAUGAAUUAACAAUUUAAUUGUUUAUAAUUAAGUGAUUGUCACAAACUACAAAUCUCAUUAACUGCAUUAUGAAAAUAACAUAGAGGUUAUCUGUUGAUGUAUUAUUUAGAAAUUUCGAAAAAUCGAUUUACAAGCUGGCGGAAUUCUUUAGUUAUUGUUGUACUUAUAAAUAGCUGUAUAUAAAUAGAUAUAAACUGUAUGAGGAGCCGAUUAGCUAUAGCGUAAGAGCAAGACUUUUGUGUUUUAUUAAGGAGAAAAGAAAAAAUCUGGUGAGUGUGUAAUGUUUGUUGUUGAAAUGAACAAUUAUUUUAUUUAUUAAAUUAUGUGUAACUAAUGAUCAAAUCUGUAUUUUGUACAUAACUUUCUUUUUUGCUCUAUGGUAUGUGUACUUGUUGUUGAAAGGUUGGUUAUAAAUGAUAGGUUGCAAAUUUAACUGUAGGUAAUAAUUGUAUCUUGAAAUAAUUUUAUUGUUGUUCAAUGUAAAGCAUUAUUAGCAUAUUUGAUGAUUAUUCUCUCUUAAACAAUAUUAAUGUUAUUUCACUGUGUGUUAUUUUAUAUGUGGAGGCAGGUUACUAAAUUUUAGAUGUUUUAAUCAAUUUUUCAGUGGAUACUAAUUUUUUGCACUAAAUUCAGGGUAAUAGAUGGAGCUUUCAAGUCGUAAUCUAAUGUUUUAUGUAUUUUAUCUAUUUUUUCUAUUGGUGUACUUACUGUGUGGGUAAUUGUUCAGGCCAGUUACAAUCCAUUGUGAAGAAUGAGAGUUCAUUUUGUAACAAUGUAGGAAGUAGUUUCAUCACAUGUGUGGUUUCAUCACUGGAUGCAGUGUGAAUACUAUGCAUCAUAAUUUAUUUAUUUGUUAUUUGAUGUAUCAUGUUUCAAUGACAGAAGCUUCGUAGCUGGUACGGUAGUUGAUUGGUUGAUGAGUUAAGGAGUUUAUAUAACAGACAAGUUAUACCGGGUGUUUCAAAAAGAAUGAUCUAAUUUUAAACAGUUAUAUAUAUUAAAAAAAUGGUGCAUACAAACCAAUUCCACAUCAAACUACUCACAGAAGUAUCGAGUUUAUGAUGAUGUAUUGAAAGUGUUCUAUAUUAUACCCUCUUUUUGAGGCUCGGACAUCUAGACGGUAGCCAAAUUCAUCCCAGACUGUUCGCAAUAUGUCUUCUAGGACUGUAGCUACUGUAUCAAUAUAAAUAUUUUGAGGAGCUAAAAACCAGGAUAACUGAUACAGUAGCGACAGUCCGAGAAGACAUCUUGUUAACAGUCUGGGAUGAAUUCGGCUACCGUCUAGAUGUCGUCCGAGCCUCAAAGGAGGGCACAUAGAACACUUAUCAUACUCGAUAAUUCUGUGAGUAGUUUGAUUUAAAUUGGUUCGUGUGCACCAUUUUUCAAAAUAAAUAUAACUGUUUGAAAUUGAAUCAUUCUUUUUGAAACACCCGGUAUAUUAUACUUCUUGGCUCAAAACUGAAAACUAACUAGGCUAUGUAAGCACAGUAUACAUACAGUAUGGAAACUUGGCUAGUACCCUGACGCCAAAAUCCGCCAUCUUGUUAGGACGCGCCGCAUUGUAAUAGUAUUGAUGGUAGGUUCGGAUCACUUUAAUGAUCCGGAUCAAUUGAUCUCGUUCACUGCCACGAGCCAAUCAGAAGACCAGGAUUGGAACUUCCUAAGGUCACGUGACGUGUGUUUAGUAUUUGCGUCAUGUAAAGUUAGAUAGGCGUUUGAUUACAAGUUUCCAUUCUGUACCUAUUCUGUGAUGUAAGUCUAAAGUGAAGUAAAGGUGAGAAACUGCUACUGUGAAUGACAAAUUGAAGAGAUUUUGACAAAUUAAAUGUUAUUCUAAUUCAUAACUUGCAUUGAUUUGAAAUCAUUAUUCAAAUCGAUUUCUUGCUUCCUCGUUUGAUUUCUGUUGAAUUGAUGAAAUUGAAUUAUUGGAAUUAAUGUUCUCACUUUUUUGUACAGCUACAGCAAACCAAUGCUCAUAUCUGUGCGUAAAUACAUUCUGUCCUAAUACAUUGAGUGCCGGUUGCUUGAAAGCCGGUUAACUUUUAACCAUGAUUAAUUCCACGAGAACCAAUCAGAGAAGCCGUCUUUUCAAAAACUCCUCUGAUUGGUCCUCGUCAAAUUAAUCAUGGUUUAAAUUUGACCGGCUUUUGUGCAACCGGGCCUUAAUGUAUGAAAACAAAUAUUGAGUACAAUGAACAAAAUUUUCCUAGUUUUUGCUUGGAAGCCAAUAAGCAUUAGAACAGUAAUAAUCUGAGUUUUCAGAGGAAUUUGGAAUUAUCAUAUCACAGAUUAUAGCAUUUUCGCUAUUCUGUGAAUCUGCUUUUAUUGUUAAUUGAUAAAUCGAUAUUCUAAUGACUCGAUAGGUACUGAUGGACUGCAACUAUUGAGAAAUAUCGAACAAGGUAUUAUUUAUUUAUAUAUUGGAUAAGUUUCGAUCUUUCUACUACUGUAAAGAAUACGACUGUGAUUUUCUGAUUAGCUGGAGCACUUGAUAGUAGUUUAGUCUUCUUUUUUGAUCGCAAUGUAAUUAUUUAUUAUUUCUAAUAAUAGUUCUAGGAGUAUUAAUACUAUCGAACAAAGAUACUUGAGUAGGCCUAUCUUACCGUACAGAUUAACUUUUUCAAUAGAAGAUUUUAGCCAAACUUUUUACAUCAUGUUAUUUCUCUCUUUAUAAACUAUCAUGGAUUUUAGUUUUUUCCAUGAUUGUUGGUUUUUUUAAUAACUACAUAAUCGAUCACAAAUUCAAAUUGAUUUCUUAAAUAUUUCAGAACAAAUUUACUAGAACAAUAUUACUGAACAUAUUUUAAACUGUUGAUCAAUGUAGAUGUUUUAAUUUGAUAAAAUUACAUCAAAAAUAGGAACUAAAUGCGUUUGUAAACUAGGCAAUGUCAAGUACUAUUAAUUAUUGAAUGUAUGACUGAAAUCAUAGUGUUGUAUUUUUUAUUUGUUUGUAAUAUAUUUUUAAAAUUUUGUUUUUGUAAUUGAAAAUGUGAAUUUUGUCUGUUAGCGGGUGGUAAGAGGACGUUUAGGACCAAUUUGAUAGUGAGCUCUAGGCUUUCUUAUGUUGAGCUGUUUUGAGAAUGUUUUCAAUAAUUAAAAUUAAUAAAGUGAAUUAUACAUUCAGUAAUAAAUUAAUUAACUUUACAAAAUAA